AUGCGUGAUCGUGCAUCGAUGUUGCAAGGACGGAAACUGACUAACCACAUCUUGGGUUUCCCCUUUUUGGCCAGUGUCUUGAUCUUUCCACCGUUCAGCAGCUAUCGCCGGUUCCUGAUCCACAAGGUGUGCGCUGGCAAAUCCUUCAGCCAGCAUGAUGUCGUGACUUUUUCCAUCGGUAUCGGCAACGAGCGGCGUACCGUCGUAUGCUUUCGCCAUCAACUUCUCCAGGACGUCAAAUCAACCACCGGCAAGAGCUUUGAGGAGUCGACCUGCAGCAGCAGCAAAGCCGUCUCGUCCGAGGAAGCCCCCACGAAAGCUCAUUACGUUAGCUGGCGUAGUUCAACGACUGCACCGACGGUGUCCACCAACACCAUCACUACUAGUACCGGCAUCGGUCACGCAACGGCCACAACGAGCUGCUACAUCAGCGGUGGGCCUCUGGUUUGUGGCCGGAAACGUGACGAAAAACGUGUCUCACCGAAUCAGGCCAACAUGGGCACCGAAAGCAUCCUGCCGUGUGCUGCCACAACCGAAGGCAACCAGCAUCACCAACAGCAACACCAGCAAACGUGCUUGUCUGAUGGAUGCGCUGGUGCAUUCGCUGAUACGGCGAAAGUUCCUCCGUUGCCCUAUUCGGACGGAUUCGGACAAAAUCAUCAAUACCAUUUCAACGCGAGCCAGGGUGGUGUUGCUGGGAAGUUCCCCCCUGUCGUCGGUAUCUAUCGUCCACCGGCGGCAAGACGAGCUCUGAAGCUAGCGGAUAACGUUGUCCAACAACUCGCACCACCAGCGGCCUGUGAGCACCCAAACGAUUAUGGUCAUUUAACUUCAUCCGAGUACUCGUCGACACCUGACCAACAUCACGAGCAAGUGAAAUUUUCACUAAACUCUUCCACUUUAGCUGGCACCGAGCCAGAAAAGGCCGCGAUCACUUCCAGCCCACCAGAUUCCAACGAAGGCCAACCGCUCGGAAAGGGCGACUCUCGUAAAGACGGUGCGUCUGAAAAAACCGGUCAAGAAAAGCAGGAACCGGAGCACUCAUCCCAGCCUUCGCUGUCAGAUGCUGCCCGAACUGUAGGAACUAAUGUUAUUUCCGGUAGUAACGCAGGUGUUACUUCUCCCAGCACAAGGACAAACCGACCCCACCGUGAGCGACGACCGGAUCGAGCCGUUUACAUUCCGCGUGCACGCCGCAGCUUAACAACGCCUCCGGUGACGGCCACCGCUACUCAUCCUCCAGCAGCCGCAACAGUAAGCGAGGUUGUGCCGCCGGAUUCCUCUCUGAAGAGCAUUUCACGUGUGGAGUUAAAUCGUACUCGUCUUCCCGAAGUAAACCCUCUGUCCGAACCGGUGGCUGCGUCAACGAGGGCGUGUAUUGAGCCUUGCGACGAGUUGCUAGUGGAUAACUUCAAAACGAAAUUAUUAAUCGAUGAAGUAACAAAUGCUUUACCGUCAGUUCGUGAAUUACAUAACAACACGCCUGGUACAGCAAACUGUGAUAGUGAGAUAAAGCCGUCGGCACAUUCUGAAAGUACUGAAGUUUCAUUGGCAACGCUUACAAAACGAAGCCUCAUCUUAGAAGAACAACAGAGCCAGUGUCUGCCAGACGAUCGUGAUCAGGAGCACAUCGAUAAGGAAGCUUCGUGCAGAUUGACUAUCCUUCCACAAGGAUCCCCUGUUGCGGAAGAUCAUCAUUGUCGUGACUUUGCUUCUGAGACAGUAUCCGCACUACCUUGCGUUGGUCUUACUCGACAGAAUACUUUGGAAAACGAUCAACCACUCGACGCAAUGAAUCGUAACAAUCAACGAAAUCGUAAUGCACGCAACGUGGCAACGCCACCCACGUCUAUAACAACCAACCUGCUGAUAAGUGAUCGUUCUGAUGGCGAAAAAGUUGAUCGCGAUGAGAAGGAGCUACGGCGAGCAUCUCAGGAGAUCAAUCGUAGCAACAGGAGAAUUAUGAAGCAGACGUUCAACUCGGACGUGCUUGAAAUUGACGAGCCGACGCCACCUCAACCCACCGUGAUUAAAUCGCAAAAAGAAAAGCGUGCCGCCGAGGAUGAAGAGGAAGAUUGGGAAUCGAUGUAUGACGAUAAUGGCGAUUGCUUAAACCCCAAAAUGCUCGAAGAGCUCACGACGGCUGUGGGGAAAGUGUCGAUCGAGAUGCCUCAAUCGGAUUAUAAGUCUUACCAAACAAAACAGGCUGUGCUGAAUGAGGAAGAAUUCCCGCACGUACUGGAAGUUUCAAAUUUCCCGGCCGAAUUCAAAACUCAGGAUUUGAUGAUGCUCUUCUCGCAGUAUAAGGAGUCUGGAUUUGACAUAAAAUGGGUUGACGACACGCACGCUUUAGCUGUUUUCAGCAGUUCCAAAAUUGCUGCUGAGGUGCUCGCUACUGGAUUGUCGUUCGUGCGCGUGAAACCGCUAGCAGAGGCAACAACCGAGUCCCGUUCGAAAGCUCGUAAAUGUGCCAGUUCUUUGCAGCCGUAUCGCGCUCGCCCGGAAACGUGCGCAGCUCUGGCACGCCGGUUGGUAACCUCGGCGUUGGGUGUGCGUCUCAAAACAGCUCCCGAGGAAAGAGAAAAUGAAAGGCGUGUGUUGCGUGAAGCCAAAGAACGCAAGCUGCUUGCUGCCAAACAACGUGACGAAGUAUGGGAUAGCUAGUGUUCCGAGGAAUGAUGCAUGUUCGCAUUGCCUCCACCAUAGUGCAUUGGUGACCUUAAGUGAAUUCACGAUUUAGCUGCCUCAGUCGUGAAUGCCAUAUCGGUUAGUUGGUCGAUCAACUUGUUUUCUAUUAGAAUAGGGAGGAUCUCGAUUGUUAAGUACUCUGGUGACAACCCCAAAAAGCCCAAUUAAUGAAAUAGUUGAAAUUGGAAUUACAGUUGCAUGUAGCUGUCGAACUGAAGGGUAUUUGCAAAUGCAUUUUUAUGUUAAUCUCUCUUUUGGUGUGUAUGCCUUUCGCUAUAAAGUAUGCGAAUGUGUCUAAAGUAUUGCGAUGCAACAGCAUUAAGAAUAAAAAUGCUCCGAAGCAGGACCACAAUGCAACAAAACAGUACAAGAAACAGGGCAAGUUCGUGAUUAUUGGAGUUUUCGUUUCAAAUUGGAGCAGCAAUUGUUCUACACAGAAGCAAAAUCAUGCAAUUUAAUAGCUUAUGAGUUAGGGGGAGUCCAGAGCAAUGAUUCGUUCUCCCAAAUAGAUGAAUUAUCGUGAAAUGUUGAAUCAAUUAUUGAUAACUGUAUACAGCAAGGUGCUGUUGAAGUCUAUACAGCAUAUUAGUCGUCCUGCGUGGAUACAUAUUUAAAUCCGUUUACACACGAUGCGUACAGAACCGUGAAGGGCCGAUGCGUAAGAGCUUAGGUUCAUCGCCUCAAUCGUCAUCACGUUUAUAUCUUUUAUUUACAAUGCAAAA